AUGGAGACACAGGGUGUGGUUCUCGUGCUCGCAGCUAGCGAAUCUCAAAGCAAGGAUUCUUUGCCGGCGUCAAAUCUUGGGCCGGCAGAACUCAACAAUGUCCCAUCCGUAGUGCAAAGUUCCUAUGCAACAGGCCCUUCUGAUGAAGGAACCCCUCCAUCGAGCACAGCUCCAGCUAAGCCUGCUGAAGAGAAGUCCCACAAAUCGGGAUUUGAAGAACUGGUGCAGCCUAGCGACGCUGCUUCGGUCAAGGAUGACAAGACCCGACUGAAGAAUUCGCAGUCUCCCUGCAGGUGUUCCCCUAAAGUGGGUUUGCCUCGCAAUGGCACAAUUGCUGGUGCUGCUAAAGACGAUUUUACAGUAACCAUGCAGGACACCUCACAGCAACCUCUGUCAAAGGCUACGGCCGCUGAAGGUGAUGAACAUGUAUGUUGCUGGGAAAAUUUCAUCAACAUGGUUAUGUGGGCCGAGUGGGUCGCAUUCAUGUGUGUCACUGGACUUCUGAUCGUGAGCUUAACCGUUCAUAAGCUGCGAAGGACGGAUAUUUGGGAGUUGGAGCUGUGGAAAUGGUGUGUGCUGGCGUUGGCAAUCAUUUCAGGUCGGUUAGUGAGUAAGUUGUUGCUGACCCCGUUGGGCUUCUUGAUUGAGAGGAAAAUCUGGCUCAAAGAGAAGGUCUUUUACCUUGUCUAUGGAUUGAAGCACAGCGUGCAAGUGUUUAUCUGGUUAGUUUUCGUUCUUUCGGUCUGGGGUUUGCUGAUAUACCACGGAGCAAAAAGAUCAAGGCACGCAAGGGAGAUUCUAAGUGAUGUGACAAGGGCUCUUGCUUCUUGUCUCGUAGGAGCUGCUAUAUGGCUUAUCAAAACACUGCUGAUAAAGUUGCUUGCUGCUUCCUUUCACAUCAAGGCAUUCUUUGAGCCUAUCCACAUGACCGCCGAUCACCAACACGUGAUCGAGGUGCUUUUGCGAAACAAUUCAAUGGAACAGGAUGGCAAGUUCAAAUGGCAGCUCAGUUUCAUGAAGUGCGUUCAUGGAGUGUCAGAAAAGCUAGAGGAGGUAAUUGAUGCAGAGAUGCUGACCAACAUGAAACAACGUCGAAUUUCACCUUGGAAUAUGAGGAGGUUGAUCAACGGUAUUACUGGCCCAUGGGUAUCUAUCUUUGACAGCAGCCUUGAUCAUCCAGACCAGGAGAUCAUCCGGAAAGCCGCGGAGACUGCUAAUGAGAUAUUUAAAAAUGUAGGGACGCAGGGAAAGGGGUACAUUGACAUGAAGAAGAAAGAAGAUGUUGCCAAAUUCAUUCCUUUGAUUCAAGGACCAAAGGGCGAUGGAAUGAUCGAUAAGCCAACUUUAGAGAAAUGGCUGGAGACUGUUUACCGUGAAAGGAGAUUACUUGCCCGCACCUUAAAAGAUGCGGACACAGUUAUCGAUGAUCUGGACAGGCUUGUUUCAGUAAUUGUGCUUGUCGUGAUUACCAUCGUGUCGUUACUUAUCAUGGGACUUUUGACAACGGAAACACUUAUUUUUAUCUCAUCUCAGCUUUUGCUUGUGGUGUUUAUGUUCGGCAACACUGCCAGAACCGUGUUUGAAGCCAUCAUUUUCAUAUUUGUCACACAUCCAUUCGAUGUGGAAGACCGUUGUGUCAUCGAUGGAGUGCAGUUGGUUGUUAAGAAGAUGGAGAUUUUGACCACGACCUUCGUGAGAUAUGACGGUGAAAAGAUAUACUACCCGAAUUCAGUUCUGGCCACCAAACCCAUUAGCAAUUUCAACAGGAGCGACAAAAUGGGCGAUUCUGUGGAGUUCACAGUCGAUUUCUCCACUUCAGUUAAUAGUAUUGCAGAAUUAAAGGAGAAAGUGAAAACGUACUUGGAAAGCAAGCCUGAAUACUGGAUGGAGGCACACAGCAUCGUGGUCAAGGAGAUUGAGGAUGUCAACAAGUUGAAGAUGGGUCUCUACGUCACCCAUACGAUAAAUUUUCAAAACCCACGGGACCGGAACAGCCGGAGAUCAGAACUCGUGUUGGAGCUGAAGAGAAUCUUUGAAGAAGUCGGUAUCAAAUACCGUCUGCUUCCUCAGGAAGUUCAAGUCAGCUAUGCCGGUUCAGCAGCUGCUUAACGCGCAGUUUUGAAUCCUCCAUGAGAA